AUGAAACUCCUCGCUUUCCGCCUCCCGGAUGAGAUACCACUGGAGGAUUAUGAAGCACUCCUGAACCUCCUGGAAGAGGGGGAACGACCUCGGGUUCAGCGGUUUCGGAUCGUCGAGGAUCGACUCCGAUCACUACUCGCACGACUGGCGGCACGGUACUACCUCCUCACGCAGGGCUUGAUCAAGCGGGAUGAACGUCCGACGUUCCGUUCGGGGCCCAAGGGCAAACCCUACCUGGUCACCCCCGCUCUCGACCUCGGGUUCAAUAUCUCGCAUGAGGGCAAGUGGGUCUUGCUCGGUGUGGGCAAGGGAGAGGUAGGGGUGGACGUGAUGGAUCCCCCGCAAGAUCCGGAAGAGAUCAAAGAGGCGUUGAUAUCUCAGAUGACUGUGCCGGAACGACUCGCGCUGGCGGUGCCGCUCACCCCGCACGAGCUGCGAUGGGCCUUGACCACCCUAUGGACACUCAAGGAGGGAUACACCAAGGCGAUAGGCGAGGGCGUGGGCUUCGGGCUGGAGCGCAUCAAUGUCGUCUUUGAUGGCCUUCAGGCGGUGAGGGUAGAAGUGGACGGGCGGGAUAUCGCGGAUGAUGGGUGGAACUUUCGCUUGGGCCGUAUCGGAGAAGGCAUGGAGUCGGGGUAUGCGGUGUACUGGAAAGAAACAGACUGGGAGGGUGUAGACAUUGUACAAUGGUCACAGUUGAUAUCAGUCUUUGAUGGCUAA